AAGGAAUAAAAACGGUAUUUCUGAAUAGCCGUGUGAAUUCUGGAUAAGAUAUCCUGGAAGAACAGAUACAAAUAUUCUUGUUUGAGAACAAGAUUCUGCUCACUGGAUUUCAGUAUUUGAUCGUGAAUUUGAAUGGAGUUUCGCGGAUUCGCAAGGCCGAGGAUAUCUGCCUUCAAAUUGGGCAAUUGGAAAAUUCUCAUUUGAAUCGCUGGUUAGUGCAAGGGAGCCGCCAUGGCUGGUGCUAUUGGAUCGUUGAAUCUCCACCUUAGUACAUGAAAAAAAUACUGCAUGGCCGGAUAAUCUGAUGAAAAAUAUCUCUAAUUUAUUAGCGUCGAGUGGGACAAUUAGACAUUAAUUUGUGAUUUUUUUUUUUUUGGUCAAUGAAGGAAUCUGGUGAAUAGGAAAAGGAGAAUUGGAGGGUUUUGUUGGGGGAAACUGGGGAAAAGCCAGUUUCAUGACUAAUCUUUUGACAACGCGUCUGCAAGAUUUGUAUAUAAAGGAAAAAGAAAGACGAAUAAGAGAAAGAUGAUUUGAGAGAGAGAGAAAAAAACAAGAACUGUGUCGGGAGACGGGAGAAGGUUGCAAGCAAGCUGAAGAAAACGAUUGAGAGGGUUACUCGCACGGCAGAGUUGUUUUUUCAUUUUUUCCGUUAACUAUCCUCGUGAGAGGUUAAAGGGGUCUUUUUACGACUCGUUCGAAACGGAUAUUUAUUACUGAUAAGAAUAAACUUAUUGACUGGUGAAGAACGUACAGGAUUCUGGAUCGGAAUAUGUCUGGUCGGCCUAGAACCACCUCCUUCGCAGAGAGCUGCAAACCAGUGCCGCAGCCCUCUGCGUUUGGCAGUAUGAAAGUCAGCAGAGACAAGGAUGGGAGUAAGGUGACCACGGUGGUGGCCACGCCAGGCCAGGGUCCCGACCGGCCGCAGGAGGUCAGCUACACAGACACCAAGGUCAUCGGCAACGGUUCGUUUGGCGUGGUCUACCAGGCGAAGCUCUGUGACUCGGGAGAGCUGGUCGCCAUUAAGAAAGUCCUGCAAGACAAAAGAUUCAAGAACCGUGAGCUUCAGAUCAUGAGGAAAUUGGACCACUGUAACAUUGUCCGACUGCGUUACUUCUUCUACUCCAGUGGAGACAAGAAGGAUGAGGUGUAUUUGAAUUUGGUUCUGGACUACGUUCCAGAGACGGUCUAUAGAGUGGCCAGACACUACAGCCGUGCUAAGCAGACUCUCCCCAUGGUCUAUGUAAAGUUGUACAUGUACCAGCUCUUCAGGAGUCUGGCCUAUAUUCAUUCCUUUGGGAUCUGCCAUCGAGACAUCAAACCCCAGAACCUGCUGCUGGAUCCCGAGACAGCCGUGCUUAAACUCUGCGAUUUCGGCAGUGCUAAGCAGUUAGUGCGCGGAGAACCAAACGUGUCCUACAUCUGCUCGCGGUACUACAGAGCCCCUGAGCUCAUCUUCGGAGCCACCGACUACACUUCCAGCAUAGACGUAUGGUCAGCUGGCUGUGUGCUUGCAGAACUGUUGCUAGGACAACCGAUUUUCCCUGGCGACAGUGGAGUGGAUCAGCUGGUGGAGAUCAUCAAGGUUCUGGGAACUCCUACCAGGGAGCAGAUUCGAGAGAUGAACCCAAAUUACACCGAGUUCAAGUUCCCCCAGAUCAAGGCACACCCAUGGACUAAGGUGAGUGAGCAGGUUUUCCGGCCGCGCACGCCUCCCGAGGCCAUCGCUUUGUGCUCUCGGCUUUUGGAGUACACGCCCACCGCCCGCCUCACCCCGCUGGAGGCCUGUGCCCACAACUUCUUCGACGAACUGCGGGAUCCCAACGUCAAACUGCCUAAUGGCCGCGAAAAACCCUCCCUCUUCAACUUCACCACUCAAGAGUUGUCCAGUAACCCCUCUUUGGCUUCUAUCCUGAUCCCCGCUCAUGCUCGUAACCAGGCAGGAGCCUCCACCCCCACCAAUGCCUCCGCCACCGCAGAUACCAAUAGUGGAGACCGUGGACAGAGCACCACUGCAGCCUCUGCAUCUGCCUCCAACACCUCCACCUGAGAGCCUCAGACGGACACGCCCACCCCCCCCCCCCCUCCACGUGGGGCCAUGCCUCCCGCACCUGCUCGCCGGACGGCCGUGGAAAAGCACCAAAACCACAACACUUAUUUCAGACUGCAAGAGCCACUCCUCAUCUGUGUUUUCUCAUUUCAAACCGAAUCUGUUUCGAAAGAGUCCACCUCUGCGUAGGAUAGUCACUCUUCAGCCGUGAGCUCGAAGAGAAAUAGAGAGAGAGAGAGAGCGAGAGAGAGAGAGGAUGAAGGAGAGAGAGAGAAGGGAGAGGAGAGCGAAAAGAGAAGGGGAAUCAGAACCAUAAAACCUGCGACGCCCGUGUUUAUCAUUGAGCAAACUGACCUCUUUAUCCAAGCCAUCAGGUAGCCAAAUCCAUCUCCUUCCCUCUGGGCUUGACCCGGCUGUACAGCAGGGCUCCCCUGUCCUUCAAUAAAGCUGUCACCUCCUCUUGUUCCUAGCUCCUCCCUGCUCUCUCCACCUCUGUCUCCUGCCUCUCUGCUCUCCUCAGCAGUGCAUGGCUUGAAUUUGGUUGGGAGCACCCUGUCAUAUACUGUCAAUAUGAAACAUAAAAAAUAGAAUAUGAAACAUAAAAAAAAAAACGACUAUAAUAAUAAUAAUAAUUCUAGAGUUUUGUUAAUCUCAAUGUCUUAAUUCACCUUUUAGAGAGCAUUCAGAAUUCAAGAUUGUAAACACACGACGGAGUACGUCAAAUGUUCCACAGUUAAUUGCAUGUCUCUGCAGAAAAGCCGACAGACUCCUGGUACGGUCUGAAGUUUUAAUGAAGAGUCUUAAUGACUCACUGACAAUUGAUUUUAUUCAGUUUUAUUUCAUUUUAUAUUGUAAGGAUACGAUGGUGUUUGUUGGGCCAGUGGGCAAGGAAAGAGCAAAGAUUUUUAUUGACAGAUGACGUCUGCAAAUCUGUGUCAUUGUGUGUAUAUACAUAUAUAUACAUAUAUACAUACACAGUUUAUAUAUUUUAUAUUUCUUUUCAUUGUGUAGUGUGUAUGUGUGUGUGUGUGUGUGUAAGUACAUAUGUAUCAAGCAUCACUGUUUCUGAAAUCUUGAAAGCUACAGGUUAAAUAUUUGUCAUUGCAAAAUUUCUGCCAUCAAGAAUCACACACACAUGCACACACACACAUACACACCCUCGAGAUAUAUUUGUGUGAUGUGUGCAUGUGUAUAUAUAAUCAGUGAAGAGUCAGAAACAUAAAACAGUAAAGAAAAAGUGAUCUGUGCUGGACAAAGAGCGAAUACUUCCAUCUCUUCUGAGUGUCGUCAGCUGUAUCGAGAAUAGAUUGUUCUCUGCUGUCCGUCUCUCUCUCUCUCUCGGGCUUCGGUUAUUUCUUUUUGGAUGUGUGUCGGUGUUGUAGUGUUUAGUUUUCAUGGUAUCACUCUGAAUUAUGCGGCGUGGUAUGUAUAGAUUCAUUUCUAAUGAUUUUGAAGAGAAACUAAAUGCACAGCGUUGAAGGAGUGAAGAUAAAACAUUUCUGUAACGUUCUGUUUGUACCUAAACGUAAACAGAACAGGACAGAUGUGUCCAAUAGAUGAUGUAUCCUUCAGGCUGGAUAGUGUGCGUGUUUGUGUGUGUCUGUGUGUCUGUAAGUAUGUGCUUGUGUGUGUGUGUGUA